AUGAGCACCGAGCGGAAGCCAGCGCCUAAUGCACUAUGGGCAUAUCUUCUCCAGAAGGAUCUUCCGGCGUCUAGCGACUUUGCCGCUACACCCAUGGUUCCUUCAAUGGCACCAGUCGACAGGACCAACACUUCCAUGCGAAUGCUCAUUCACGAUAUGCAGGCGACCCUCGAAAAGUUCUCUACGAGAGUGGACACUUUACUCAUUAACGUCAAGGACGCAAAGACUGAAGUAGUAAACUGUAGCCGGAUAUCAGAGAGUGAACAUGAACGCGUGCUCGACGAGAUCUCGAAUAGUUCAAAGAAAGUGCAAACCGAGUUAAAGGCUUGCAUCGGUGCACCAUCGCAAGCAUCAUCUCUCGAAUUGGUCCAAAAAUCACAAUCUUCGGCAGAAAACAGCAUACAAGCUCUAAACAAGCGCAUAGAUGCGAUUCAAAUGGUACUUCAUAUUUUUACUACUAAUCCCGCUUUGUCUCUAGUACACCCAGCUGAUAGGCGGUGA